UGCUUCAGUUAUUUAUUAAUUAAUUAAUACUAUGUAGUAGUAGUAGCCUUGUUUAACUCCUCCCUUCAUUAACUUUUCUCUCUCUAUAUUUAUCAAAGUAGCUAGAUUAGAUUUCAAAUUCGAAUUCUUUUUUAGCCAAAAUUUUACUACUUUCUAUUCUCUUUAAUUCACCAGAUAAGAAGAAGAAAAUCCAAAGGUAAAAGAAGUUAGUUGCCUAAAGAUUCAAUAUAGUAUUUUUGUUUUCUUGAUUUCUCUAACUCAGAGAAAUUCAUAUCCAGCGAUGUCAUAUAUAGCAGCAGUAGUGUGCUAAAUUAUCAAAUUUCGGAAAAAUAGCAGAUCAAGGCAAAAGAGAACAUACCAUGACUAGAUCACGAGGUCUCGGAUUCAGUUCGGUGUUAGCAAAAACAAAUGUGACCAUGAAGAUGACUAUUAACGCUUUUGUUGGAGUUAUCGUUGGCUUCUUGAUAGGAUUUUCUGUAAACAAGUUUGACUCGAGCCUUUUCCAUUCCAAUAGCCACAAUGAUGACGCGGUGAUUAAUAGCUUGUCGCAAAAGCCUUGGUCUUCGGCAGAGUGUGAGAAUUUAACUAGCACAGACCUAUCUCAAAACUAUGGUGCUACCACGAAGAGAUCACUUCCACGAAAUCCGCGCGGUACAGAAACACUACCCCCAGGCAUUAUCGCAUCAGAGUCAGACUUAUAUCUCCGCAGAUUGUGGGGUAAACCAACAGAGGACUUAACUUUUAAGCAAAAGUAUCUUGUAACCUUUACAGUUGGUUACAGACAGAAAGACAAUAUCGAUGCAGCAGUUAAAAAGUUCUCGGACGAAUUUACAAUCAUGUUGUUUCACUAUGAUGGCCUUACUACCGAAUGGGAUGAGUUUGAAUGGUCAAAGAGAGCUAUCCAUGUGAGUGCCCCAAAGCAAACCAAAUGGUGGUAUGCAAAGAGGUUCCUGCAUCCUGAUAUUGUGGCACCAUAUGAGUACAUUUUUAUUUGGGAUGAAGACUUGGGGCUUGAACAUUUUAAUGCUGAUGAGUACAUAAAGCUGGCAAGGAAGCAUGGACUUGAGAUAUCACAGCCUGGUUUAGAGAAGACCAAAAAGUUUACAUGGCCGAUGACAAGGAGAAUAGUUGGAGGAGAAGUCCACAAAGUAGUAGAAGAGAAACCAGGGGAUUGCAAAAAUCAUUUGCCACCAUGUGCAGCAUUUGUUGAGAUUCAGGCUCCUGUGUUUUCUCGAGAGGCCUGGCGUUGUGUGUGGCAUAUGAUUCAGAAUGAUUUAAUACAUGGAUGGGGUAUCGAUUUUUCUCUUAGGAGAUGUGUAGAGCCUGCUCAUGAGAAAAUAGGAGUUGUUGAUGCUCAAUGGAUUAUUCAUCAAGGUAUUCCAACGCUUUGGAAUCAGGGUAAAGAGAAAUUUGGGAAGAAAAAAAUGGUAAGACAAAGGUGUGUUAGAGAAUGGGGAACAUUUGGAAAUCGAAUGCAUGACGCGGAGACGAAUUACUGUGAAGCAAUCUCUGUCAACCAAAAGGAAUCCACAAACAGCUCAUCAUUAGAAUGAAGAAUAAGAUGACAUUGCUGUGUCCGACAAUGAUGAUGACGGCGACAACGUGUACUAUGAUCCCACAUGUUACCAAUAUCACUGCAAUUGAUACUUGUGUCUUACCCUCGCUACGUCCUUGGUAACCGUCUUGGCAAAAAGAAACCAGUGCCCAUUUGUACUGUAGAGAAUUCAUAGGGCCCGAUUUCAUGGUCUUCUAAAUAGAAAAUCGCCAAAUCGGUAACACUUCUUUUGAUCAUUUUGUUUUUCGUAGGAGCUCACUCUUGGACUUUGGACCGUCCGUUCCUUAUUUCCACAUAGUUGAUUCAGAGGCGUCUUGUUCCUACGUUUAUGUGUUCAAGAUCGUACAUUCGUUUAUAAUUGGUUGCAAAAAAAUCCAUACAAAGGUUUGCAUCA